GAACCCUAGCCACGCACCCUGAGCCCCUUCUCUCGAGCUUUAUCACGACUCGCCUAUUCCAACCAAUAGGAGGGAGAGAGAGAGAGAGAGAGAGAGAGAGGGGUCUAUUUGUGCCUUUGAAGCAUUUCGAACUUGCAGAAGAGAGUCCGUACAUCUGAAAAAAAAAAGAAAGAAAUUUGGGGUUAAAAGUCGGUGAGAAAGGAUAGUUAUUGGGUCUUGAAAUCGAUUUUCAUAUCUACGGUUAAGAUUAGGGCUCGGGUUAGAGUUAGGGUUAGGGUUGUCUUACCAAAAAAUUUUGGUUUCUUCUAUGAAUAAGAAAUUUCUGGUUCGUUUUACAGGGAAAUUGGCUCCGAAAUUGUCUCUCCAUGCUCUGAAACGAUUCGUUUAGGGAGGUAUUGAGAAAUUGGUGUAUGAGAUAUAGGGUUUCGUAUUUGAUGGACGAGAUCUGGGAGCGAGCCGUGGAGACAGCGCUAGACGGUCAAACGGACCACGCCUCGGCUCGAACGCUAACCCUAGACGGCGCCGUAAAGUGCGUGCAAGGCCGGCUACCCCCUCCGAGCCUUCUAGAGAGGUUCCAGAACCUUCAGCACCUCUCUAUCGCUAACAUCGGCGUCUCGUCGCUCGAGCAGUUCCCUCGACUCCGGAACCUCCAGAAGCUCAUCCUCUCCGACAAUAGGAUCGCCGGCGGCCUCGAGUUCCUAGUCGAGGCGGGCCUCGACUCGCUCCGAGACCUCGACCUCUCCAACAAUAGGAUUCAGUACAUCGAGGAUCUCGCCCCGCUCGCCCAACUUAAGCUCGUCUCGCUGGAUCUCUACGAGUGCCCAGUGACUCGCGUCAAGGACUAUCGAUCUAGGGUUUUUGGAUUGAUCAAAUCGUUGAAGUAUUUGGAUAAGACGGACGCGGAGGAGAAUGAGCGGCCGGAGUCCGAUGACGAGGAGGAUGAGGAAGAGGAAGAGGAGGAUGAUCCCGGGAGUGGCGAAAUUGAUGGUGAGGAUCGGCCGUAUGGGAUGAACAACGGGCACAGCGAGGGGCCUGAAGGAGUUGUUGAUGUCGACGAGGAUGAGGACGAGGAGAGCAAUGCCGAUGAGGAGGAGACCGAAACGGCUAGGAUAGUGAACGGGCCAAAUCAUCAGUCCAACGGGUUUCGGGUUGAGCGUGUGGAGGGAGUGAAUGGUGAUGAGGAUUUAGACGCUGAUGAUGAUGAAGACAAUGAAUCGGGGGAGGAAAUUGAUGAGGAAGAGGGUGAAGAUGAUGAUGUGGUUGAGGUGCACGAGAUUGAGGACAGUGAUGAUGAGGAAGAUGGGGUUGAUUAUGAUGAGGAGGACGAGGACGACGAAGAGGAUGACGAGGAUGAAGAAGAGGAAGUGGACAAUGACGAGGGGGAUCUUGCAGAGCCGGAGAGUACAGGGCAAUUGGCGAGCACGGAGGGGGAGAUUGAUGGACACGAGCAGGGUGAGGAUGUUGGAGAUGAGGAGGAUAACGGUGAGACUGGGGAGGAAGAGCAGGGUGUUGAAGAAGAGGUAGAGUUUGAGGACGAAGAAGAGGGUGAGGAAGAGGAAGAAGACUGUGGUGCAGGCUACUUAGUUCAGCCAGUGGCACAGGCUGAAGAAGAUGAUGAUGGAGGUAGUGACAUCGAACCAGUAAAUGAAGAAGAUGAUGCUGAAGAGGAGGAAGAAGUUGAAGAUGAUGACGAGGUUCAAGUGCUGCCCCCACCCUCUUCUUCACACCUUAAGAGGAAAAGGGAUGAGGACGCCGACGCCGGCAAGGAUGACAAUGGUGAGGAUGAUGACGAGGAAAAUGACGGUGACUACAGCAAGUCAUCUAAGAAGCACCAUUAGCGCUCAGCUGUCAGAUCUCCUAUGUUAAUGUUAUGUUAAAUGUCUUUCAAAUAUGGAAACAGGUGAACCUCACAUUAGAUGAUAGUUUGGUUGGUAGUAGUAUGGUAGUGAUUUUGGCCAUCUUCUUGGACAAUUAGUGAUUUAGUUCAAAAAGUCGUUAGGCUCAUGUCCCCGCUAGCUAUUCUGAUAUAGCCGUUGCACCUUGUUUUUCAAAUGACAGUUAUGAGCGGUUCACCGCCCAUGAUCAGAAGGGGACUAGUAGGAGGUGACCAAAAAAAAAAAUUCCUGGAAUUUGUUUUUUUCUUUUGUUUUUCCAAGCAGUUUUCGGAAAAAAAAGGGGGGUUGUAAAACGCUUGUAGAUAGUUACUAUCUUUAUGUUUUAUUCAAUCAAGUGGAGUGGGCUUGAGCUUUUCCUGUCU